UUUCGUGCUCUCCCGACAACAUGAAGACGCUGGCUCUUAUCUGCUUGUUCCUGGGCGUGGCUGCCGCCGUGCCCGGUCUCCGCCAGCGUCGAGACUCCAACUCGCUCUUCUUCGAACUUCCCGCCGACGCAGAUUUGAUUCUUGGCGGAAUCAACACGGGAUUCGAAUGCGGCGACCUGCCCUACGGAUACUACGCCGACCAGGCUAACAGCUGCGCCGUCUUCCACGUGUGUCUGCCCUACAUCGACAACGACCUCUACAUCACCCGCCACUUCUCCUUCCUGUGCGGCGAAGGCACCAUGUUCGACCAGGAGCGCCUCGUGUGCGACUUCCCCGAGAACUCCCUUCCCUGCUCCGAGGCCGCCAACUUCAGGAGGUCCAACGAGUACUUCGGCCGCGAGAAUGUUAACUUCCUCGAAAAGUAGAUUUUCUCAUGUUCUUGAGAUUCUUCCCCUAUUGAGUACAAAAUGCUAGGUAUAACCCUUUGACAUAUCAUCAUAAAAAAAAAAAACGUUAAUUAAAACAGAUACAAGUA